GCAGCAGAUUAGGCGGAAGUCGCGCGGCCAGCGGGCAGCUGUCAUCGUAGCCGAAAGCCGCCUGCUGCUGCAAACAACAAGUUCAACAUUUGUCGCUCCAAGCGUCCGCACCUGGAGGUCCGCUUAUAGCCAACUUGGGCAACAUGGACGAGGACGUCCUGACCACCCUGAAGCUGCUGAUAAUUGGAGAAAGCGGAGUGGGGAAGUCCAGUCUCCUGCUGAGGUUCACAGAAGACACUUUUGACCCAGAGCAGUCAGCCACCAUAGGUGUGGACUUCAAAGUAAAGACCCUUGCAAUUGAAGGAAACAAAGCGAAGCUAGCCAUUUGGGACACGGCUGGACAGGAGAGGUUUCGCACGCUGACCCCCAGCUACUACCGCGGCGCGCAGGGAGUCAUACUCGUAUACGACGUCACACGGCGCGACUCUUUCGCGAAGCUCGAAAACUGGUUGAACGAGCUGGAAACCUACUCGACACGCAACGACAUUGUCAAAAUGCUGGUCGGCAACAAAAUCGAUAAGGAUGACCGUGAAGUGGACAGAAAUGAAGGACUGAAAUUUGCCAGGAAACACUCGAUGCUUUUUAUUGAGGCCAGUGCUAAGACCAAAGAUGGCGUCCAGUGUGCCUUCGAGGAGCUAGUGGAGAAGAUCCUCCAGACUCCGGGGCUCUGGGAGAGCGACAACCAGGGUCAGAAGGUCCAGCUGGGGCAGCAGGAGCAGGGCGGGGGACGGGCGUGUGGCGGCUACUGCUCCAUACCCUGAAACCGACAGAAACCACGGAAACGGCGACCUGACGGGGAAACGCAUCGGACCAGAGAAACGGAACUAAAGAGGGGCGGAAGAAGAAAAGGAAGUUAAUUGUUGGGAGCUCCGUCAUCUGAACGAACUUUGCAGUUUUGCACAAUUACUGUUCAAACAUCAUCACUUAUUUCGACUCUUUAUCAUGUUUGGUUAGCGAGCGCAUCAAUCGGCUUUCGGUCAGCGGUGGAAUGGUGUCUUCAAAUAAAACUAGACGUGCCCAGGGCGUCGCAGCGGCACACGUCUGGGGCGGCUCGCCAUCAUUAGCAACAGUUGUUCAGUUCGGCAUUACUUUACCAGCAUUGUGCCUGUAACAUAAUCUGAUUUUAGGUGGCGCUUCAGGUUUUAUUCUAAAUAUUUAAUCCUAAGCAAUAAAAAAAAUGUAAUCUCCUAGUUUACGUCCGAUUCCCUUCAGAUUCCCGACUUUAUUACGCCUCAGCCCUGUGAAUUCUCUGAAAUGAUUCAUUAAACAGUUUAGCCCAGUUACUGCCUUUUUAUUUAUUUAUUUUUUGCCCCCCGUCUUUACACUCCUGUCUCCACAUCAUUACGUCUUGCUACAAAAUAUUCCCACUUAUUGCUUUAAUGCUAUUUUCUCAGCAUUAUCAGCCUCUGUUGUCCAGCUUAAUUCCACCUCUGGUGAGUUUUAGUUUUGCAGUGCUUCCUCUGCAAUUAUCAUCUGUCAACCAUAGAGUGAGAGCAAGCACUCUUUCCCUCCGUCUCCUUUAUGUAUUUGCAUUCCAGCUUUAAUUAAUACUUUAUUAUUCCUAGUUACUGUUACCUGGGAAAAGAAAUGAAUUUAAUCUUUUUUUUUUUUUUUACUGUUGCUUGGUUGUGCUUUUGAGUCAUGUACUGUCACACGUCGAUCUGAGACCUGCCUUAACACUAACAGCUGCAGUCGAGUAGCAUUUGAUUUGUUUUGAACUUAAAUAAAUAGAAACCUGAAGAUGGGA